AUGGGUGCUCACUGUGGGUUCCAAGAAGAUCAUACCUUUGAAGCAGUUCGUGGCUGACCAAACGGAGUUGUUUUUCUUUCCAGGCCCGCACCUAGGAGUCCUAGAAUUCUUCCAGCCGGAAGCAGAGCGCCCACUGGACUGGUGUGGGAAAUUCACGCAAGUUUCCCUCAGGUACUGUACAAUACUUCGAUAAGAAAUCAUAGUAGACGGUGAUCGCCAAAUGCGACACUUUGAAGAUAGUUGUCCGUCAUAAUUCAAAUGAGGCAACUAAUACUUGUUCGACAAGCAUCUUCAGUAACAAAUAAUAUUCACUCAAUUCUUCAUCAGUUUCGAAGGCGAUUUGUCAGAGCUAAGUUUCGAGCCAUUCGAUACUGAAUGGCUUGCGCCGGAUUCGCGGGCAUUGACGAUCGCCCUGGAUCCUCCAGAAGAGGUUUUCAGUAGGCCUGGCAGUAUGCGUGACCACAUGCAGAUGCGGAAGCGAAGGCGGAGUGAAGCUUUGGAGUCAAGUGAGCGCAUGUCUGGAACAAGCGACAUCUUGAGCAGCGGGCCACCAGUAGCUGCGGGAGUGCGGUGUCCUUUGAAGGGUAGGCUCGUUCCCGUACUCUACACCGGGUCGCAACUUUACCUCGUGUAUCCAGAAAUGCACACCUUCUGCCGCGUGUCAUUCAUGUCGGCGCAAAACAACCCGAAUGUCAAAGCGAAGUACUUACAUUUAUAGAUACAAGAAGGUGACCUCGAUUCCGAGGCAGCAGUAGAUGUGCCUUUGAUAAUGCCGAAGAUGGGUUCUUGAAUGACCAACAAAUUGAUUUUUAUCAUACUCCAGGUAUCAGACGUGGGACAUGAAGGUGUCGACACUUGCUGGGUCGCCCCCCAAAAUUGAGACCCAAAUGACUGCGCCAAGCAUGAACGGCAUGUCGCUUACGAAAGAAGUUAUCCAGUCUCUGUCUCUGGCGCAAAGCAUCGAAACGAUGGUUUUGGAGUCCCCGUUCUUGCGACCUGCGCGCUCGUCGCCUUUCACCAUCAUGUAUAAACCCAAGCCGAAGAAGAGGCUACCGACAUUAGCAUUGGCUCCGAAGUUAGGUCACGAACGGGAGAAGCGUGUAGGCUCUGUGAGCGGCGGCAGUCGCUCAGGAGGGAACACAGCGUCAACGUCGCUGCAAGAGUACUUUGCUAUGAUUUUUAUCAGCACGAAUUGUAUGUUGAUUAUGAUCUCGGCUCUCUUGUGGAGUAAACCAAUUUCUUCGUGUACCAUUCAAUCCAAGCCAAUCAUGAACCACCAUUACAAAAUGAUGCCUUGUUGCUCAGGUCAUCAAGAGCCAGCUUGAUCGGCGACGACGAGCCAACGCAGCAGGCAGAGCUACGAAAGGUGAAGAAGCCGAAGGGGUACUUGCUUCAGAAUACUGAUCUGCGAACCUAUUCUGUUUGUAAUUGAGUUAUGAAUAAAGUGAAUCACAAUUGGUCGUGAAUCAGAUUUUUUGGUUUCUCCAAGUAAUAAUUCGCAUUGGAUGACAUUCGUCCUAUGUAUCCUGUUGAUUAUGCGCUAGGGUCGAAGCAUCACGAGAAAUGUCUAUGUCAAUCAGGAUGCACUUCGCGAACCGUGUCCCCUCUGGUGGUACUUUGGUGGAAAAGGCGCGCCACGCGUACGCAAAGAGGCACGAAUCGCGAACGCAGAAGAAGAUCGACGCUCUGUAUCAGAACGAGGCAAACGCCUACGCCCGCACACUCUUAAAUCGAAUGUACUAUCGUGCGAUGGAGCACGUAAUCCGAGCACAAACUCCAGUUUCGGCUCCGCAUGUCUUCGCAGAGUUUCCAAGGUCUACUUUGUUUUUAUUUUUUUAUUGCUGUGCUUACUUCUAGAAUCUAGACCUUUUCCACGCACUACACAGUGAACUGAAUGAAAGUGGUCAUGUAGUAGGAUCUAGACUCAGAGUUAUGUAUCCGGCCAAGCGCCAAUAUUAAUCACAAAUCAAUUACUUCCCUUCGAAUUUCCAUCGAAUCGAAAUCAAUUAGGUCAGCAUUGGCUGCAAGCCCGCAGCACCCGAUUGGUGGCCGUGGCAGCAUCAAGCAGACUGAGCCGCCACUGCUUUCGCAAGAACGCCUUGGCAAGAAAGACGAUUUCCUCGUGGACACGAAUCUACUGCGUUACGACUGCUUACCGGCCGAAGACUCCAGUGUCCCAUGGUUCUCGCACAAACUGGGCGCAGGAGGAAGCGGUCACGUACCCUUGUCUAGGUGAAGAGUGUCGUAAGAAGUAUUCUCUCUGUUCGAUGCGGCAGAACAGUGUGUUUACUGAACAUCUUUCUAUUUACUUCUCCGUACAGAAUAAUUUACUGGGGCUCGUUUGAAGCUCUUUCUCGCUGCAUGAGUCGUAGCAUAUCACGACAUGGAUUCAUUUUCAUAGAAAUGCAAAUGCUGAAUAGAUGUGGAUUAGGCUAAGGAAGUAAGCAAAUUCACAAAGAAAACGUAGAAGAAUACUGUAAAACAGUCUAAGCAUAGAUUUGAAAAUGAAUUUUCUUACCUCAAAGUUGCACAAAGUGAACUGAUUUUUCUGUAUUUGCUUACUCGAGAUUUUCAAAAUAGAACAGCUGUAAAGUCCUUUAUUCAAACUUACCCUUUUCGUUAGAUUAACAAUUAUAUGUCUUUUUACUCAUGGAGAUGCCGCAACACUCGUCCCUAUUCUGAGAGAAAAUUCAAGACUGCCUUGGAGGUAAAUAAACUUUCAUGUCUAAUAUACAAAAUGCGUACUGUGGAUAAAGGCUUUCGAAGAAAUGCUUUGCUCAGAACUGAAAAUCUGGACGAUACUUCAACGUCGAGAAGACUUUGAACAAGGUUUUGUGAUCAC